GGAAACUCGUUGAAAAUAUUUACGCCUAAUUCAAAAGUUCGUAUAUGGUGUUCCAAAAUUAUUAUAAAGAAUAAGAAAAAAAUGGAUUAUUUUAUUGUUUUUCUACUAGUGUUGACAUUUUCAGCUAUUAUCUAUCAACAAUGGAAUCCGGAAUCUCUGGGUUAUGUUUACUUGGAACAUUUUACUUAUAUUGAUUUUAUUUUAAUGGGAAUAUAUGCUAUUUUUGUAAUUGAAAUAGCCAUGAAAAUAAUUGUUUUAGGUUUAUAUGAUGAUUUUGAAACUUAUAAUAAAUUAAAGGCAGCGAAGCUUGAUCAUGAUAAUAUUAAGAAUGGGCUAUUUUUAAAUAUGGCGGAGCCGAGAAAUAUCAAUCACAGAUCUUUAAAAAUUAACACUUUUGUUUUUUCUCUGACAAAUAAUUCUCUUAAGCAAUAUAAUUUUCAAAGAGCUUUCCUUCAUGAUAGUGCAAAUUGUUUAGAUUUAUUUUCCGUUAUCUCAUUUUGGAUAUCCAUUCUUUUAUCAAUCAAUAAUUUUGAUAUCAAAAACAAUUUUUUAAUCUUUAGGGCUUUGGGAAUAAUAAGAAUAUUUGAACUUAUAAGAUCAACAAAGGGAAAUAUCAUUAUUUUACGUUCUUUUAAGCAUGCAUUGCCUCAACUUAUUGAUGUUUUUAAAUUCAUCAUCUAUUUUUGGGUUUUUUUUGCAAUUAUUGGUGUUCAAACUUUUAAAUCUUCUUUACGAAGAACUUGUGUUUGGGAAAAUCCCGAUGAUCCUGAUGAUACAUUCAACAAUUCAGAACAGUUUUGUGGAAGUUACUUUGAUCAAGAUGAGAACAAAAUGCCAUAUAUUCUUUCUAAUAAUCAAUCUAGCAAUACCAUAAAGGGUUUUACCUGCCCUAUUAACUCUAAAUGUGUUGUUGGGGCAAAUCCAUAUGAAGGAACUAUUAGUUUUGACAACUUAAUUCAAUCUUUUGAGUUGGUUUAUGUUAUUAUUUCAAUGAAUACUUUCACGGAUAUAUUGUAUAAUGUGGUUGAUUCUGAAUCGGAAGCAGCUUCGAUAUUUUUCAUUCUUGCAAUAUUAGUUUUAUCAGUUUGGCUAUUAAGUAUUUUAAUAGCUGUUAUUGUGACAUCCUUUAAAAUAACAAAAGAACUUGAUGAAAAAGAACUUGAUAAAAACGAAGAAAAUGAAAUAAAAGGCCACAAUAGCGCCAUGGUGCCUAAUGGUGAAAAUUUUGAUUUAUUAAAUUCUUUAAAAACAUUCAAUAAAUUUAAAAUAAUAUUUCUUCUUGUCAUUUUAGUAAAUUUUAUAGUUUCAUGCACUAACAAUAUUGACAUUUCUGAUUAUCAUAAAAAUGUUAUUAAUUAUUCUGAAAUUGCAACUACUGCUGUUUUAGAUCUUGAAAUUAUUAUAAGAAUUUUAAUUUACAUCACUAAAUUUCGUUUCAAAGAUUUUUUUAAAUCAAAAACAAAUAAUUUUGAUUUAUUGAUUGCAGUUACAACUACAAUAAUAAUCAUUCCACCUAUGAAGAAAUUAUUAGGUCAGCUUUACAAUUGGUCUACAGUUUUUCAAAUAGCUCGGUUUUAUAGGUUAGUGCUCCAUAUAAAAUUUUUGAGAGUUCUCUGGUUUAAAAUUAUUGGAAAAUUUAACACAAUUGCUCAUCUAAUUUACUUUUAUCUUUUUUUAUUGGUUGUCGUAUCCCUAUUUUGUUCAAGGCUUUUUGAGGGCACAAUCAGCAGUGAGUUGGAAGAGCAAGAAGAUAUCAAUUUUUCUAUGAGAACAUUUCUAGAUAAUUUUGUUGGAUUAUUUGUUGUUACAAGUACUGAAGGUUGGACUGAGAUUUUAUACAAUCUUCAAAUGUAUGCUAAAAAUAAAGUGGCAGCUGGUUUCAAUUCAAUGACCAUUAUUUUUUGGUUUAUUAUCUCAAAUAGUUUUAUUAUUAAUAUUUUCAUUGCUGUAAUUGCAGAAAAUUUAGAAGUAUCAAAAACUGAAAAAAAAGAACAACAAAUACGUCAUUUUAUUAUGAGUAUAAAUAAUACUUUGCUAGAUAAAAACAAUCAACAAACAAGUUUUUUUUCGCAUUUGAAAGACAAGUUUAAAAUAUUAUCUAAGCACUUUCCAAAUAUUUACAAAAUUCUUUUUGAAAAUCCUUUUUUGGAGCAAAGAAGAACCGAUAUUGAAAACACUAUUGAUCCUGAUAAAUUAGCCAAAAAUAUGGAUAUGGAAAAUAAAAUUAUGAGGGCUAGAAAACAAAGAUUUUUGAAGAAUAAUCCAAAUUUUAAUAUGACUCUUUUUAUUUUUCUGACCAAAAGUCCUCUCAGAAGAUUUUUCCAAUUGUUUGUGAGACCUAUUGGUGAGCGAUAUGAUGAAAACCAAAUGGAGAAUGGCAGAAAACCUAAUGAAAUACUACAUGCAUUGUUUGUUUUAGUAAUGGAUCUGUCAACUAUUGGUUUAUUGAUAACUGCGUGUUAUGUGACACCAUUAUAUUCUAAAGAUCAGCUUGAUGGGAGUAAAUAUAACUGGUCCUUUUUCCUUGAUAUAUAUUUUAUUGCUAUAUUUUCUUUUGAGUUUUUUGUGAAAGUAAUUGCUGAUGGAUUUUAUUUGACACCAAAUGGUAUUAUGCAAUCGCCUUGGAACGUUAUUGAUUUUUAUGUAUUAAUUUCGUUAUGGAUUAACUUUAUUUGUUCAUUAAUUGGAAAUACAGGUUUAGCGACAAUUUUUCGUGGUUUCAAGGCUUUAAGAACGUUAGGUCUUUUGAGAAUAAGUAAUACUGCUAAAGAAACCUUUCACAAAACAAUUCUUUCGGGUUUUCACAAAAUUUUAGGUGCAGGGCUUGUUUCUAUGAGUUUAUUAAUUCCUUUUUCACUUUGGGGGUUGAACAUAUUUAGCGGAAGACUUGGUCGUUGUAAUGAUGAUUCCUUAAGUCUGAGCGAAUGUUUUAAUGAAUUUAUGACUUCUCCUUAUAACUGGGAAUAUUUAGCUCCCAGAGUUUUUUCAAAUCCACCUCUCCAAUUUGACACAUUUUGGUAUUCAUUCUCUACAUUAUUUCAGAUAAUUUCUUUAGAAGGAUGGGUUGAUCUUUUAAUAGAUGUUAUGAAUAGCACUGGAAUUGGUUCUCCUCCAAAAAGAUUUGCUCAACCAAUGAAUGCUCUAUUUCCUAUUAUUUUUAUUUUUGUGGCAAUUAUAUUUAUUUUGAACUUAUUUGUUUCGAUCAUCAUUAACAACUAUUCUCAAACUAAUGGAACUGCUUAUUUAAUUGAGGAACAAAGGUCUUGGUAUGAGGUGAAAAAACUUUUGAAUCAAGUUCAACCUUCGAGCAGACCUAUAACAGAUAAUUUUUCUUCAUUUAGAUGCUUUUGUUAUGAGUUAGUUGUGGAUAGAAAAUCAACAAGACAUCGUUAUUGGAAUUUAAUUUACGAUAUGGUUUUAUUCUUCCAUGCAAUUAUAUUAGUUAUGGAAACAUAUCCUUCGAAUGAAAAAUUGGAUAAUCUCAGAUUGGCUAUGUUCAUGGGCACUACAUUUUUUUUUUUUAUCCACAUAGCAUUGGUAAUUUAUUCUAAGGGAUUCAAGAAAAGUAAUAAAUGGGAUUUUCUUUCUAUUAUUAUUUCUGUGCCAGUUUUUUUUCUUUGUGUUGCAUUAUUUUUUCUUAAUAAAGAAUCAGUUGCUUUAGAUAGGAUUACAAAAACAUUGCUCUUACUAGUCAUAUUGUUCGUGAUACCGAGAAGUGAAAAAUUAAGUGAAUUAUUGAAAUUUGCUUCAGCUAGUGCAUUUUCGUUAUUAUCUUUAUUUUAUAUUUGGGUUAUAUUAUUUUUAGUUUACGCAAUUGCAUUAAAUCAAAUUUUUGGGUUAACUAGAAUAGGUGAGAAUGGUUCGGGCACACAAAAUUUCAGGACAAUUCCAAAAGCAUUGGUGUUGUUAUUUAAAAUGAGUUUUGGGGAAGGGUGGAAUUAUUCGAUGCAAGAUUAUUAUGUUCAAAGCCCAUACUGCACAGAAUCAACGACUUUAUACGGCUCAGACUGUGGUAGUAAACUUUAUGCCAAUCUUUUCUUUAUUAGUUGGAAUAUUCUAUCGAUGUUUAUUAUGUUGAAUUUAUUUAUUUCAUUGAUUGUUGAUAAUUUUAGUUAUGUUUAUCAGGAAAGUGGUAAAUUGCAAUCGAUAACAAGAUCUGAAAUUAGAAAGUUCAAAGAUGCAUGGGCGAAGUUUGAUAAAAAUGCCACUGGUUUUAUUGAUAAGGACGAUAUUUAUAAAUUUUUGAGUUGUUUGGAUGGAGUUUUAUCAUUCCAAGUCUAUGAAAAUGAUUUCAAAAUUCCCCAAUUGAAAAAAUUAUGGAUUUCACAAAAUCCAAGGUGGACACCUUAUCAAUUUGAUCUCAAUUUGGCUGCAAUGAAAAGAUCAUUAAAUGCUAUUGAUGUUGAAGAAAUUCAAACCAGAAAAAUCAUUUUUGAAAGAAUCAUUGAAGAGGCAUUAAUUUAUAUGGAAGAAAACAACCACGAAGGUAUAUCAUUCAAAAAACUUUUGGAACAAAUUGCUCUCAAUUCAUUAUUUAAGGCCAGUAGAUGUUUAAUAUUGGAUGAUUAUCUUGACAGAAAGUUAUUACUAAGGAAAGUUGAUGCAAGAAUAAAAAAGAAAAGA